AAAUCAUUGAAAUUCAUGAGUUCGAGCUAUUCCUGGUAUAUAUUCACGGUCAAAGCUACAUAUAAAAGACGGAAGGCGGUGAUGACGGGAGAAUACGCUUGCAGAGUUCACGAUCUGACGAUGGCUGGAUUCGAUAAUAAUUCAAGUUCAAUCAUUGGAAAAUGCGUUCUUCUGAUGUUCCUAAUAAUUGUUCAAGUGACAGGACAAGAGGACUGCAAUGAAGCAAAUUGUCCUGGUCAAUUGAUUGUGAGACAUUACAAGGGGAUUGGCUGUACUCCUAUUUACGCGAAUCCUAACGACUGUUGCGCAAAAGCAUACGAUUGUAGUCACCUGGACAGUUUGUCACGGGAUAAAUGCUAUGUGAAUGGCCACGAAUACAGCGUCGGGGAGAUGCUGAAACCCGAGGACAGCAAUCCUUGCGAUUGGAAUUGUACGUGUACACAGUACGAAAAUACUGCCUUUUUCCAUUGCGGGAGAUUAAACGAUUGUAAUAGUACAGAGGAACAGAGUUGUUCGUACAGAAGAACGCAUGGUCUUUGUUGCGCAGAUCCAUUUUGCGAUAUGGAAGAAACAGAUAAUACAACUUGUAUCGCUAACGGUAAAGUUUAUAAGGCCGGAGAGUACUUCUAUCCAAACGCUAAUCCAAAGUUGUUGUGUCUUUGCAUGGAGGGAUACACAGGUCAGAAUAUCGAGCCUUUCUGUCAGCAAUUGAACCGUGAUCCGUGCUCUGCUCUCUUCGCGGAAGCUGCUGUCCAAGUUCAUGACAAGUCGAUACCUGUGUUUUUCCUGUUUAAUCAUUUCUGUCAUAUAACCUUUUAUAGAUAUCCAAAUUCAAGGGACAGAAUUAUUUCUAAAGAUGACAACACUACAUCAGUCCCUGUAGAAGGAGAGGUAAUGUGCCGGCACGGUAAUCUGACGCUGCACAUAGGCGAGGAAUUGAGCGAUGAACAACCAAUCGAGAUUUGGUCUGCCGGCAUGAAAUGCGUUUGCGAGGUGCCUCCAUAUUUGACGUGCUACAUGCCAUUGCCAUCACCAGAAGAAGACUAAAGUCGAGAUAAUUUUUAAACGUAAACUAUCUAUCUAACUGCUUUAGUUCUUGAACAUGUUAUCGUUAUCUGGCUAAUUUUCGAAAGCUAUCGCGUUUAAAUAAUUUGAUGAUUUUAUGAUGUGAAAUAAAAUACAUUAGUAAGUUAAAAAA